GAGAGAGAGAGAGAGGUAUAGGAACGAAGUGCGUACAAUGGGCUAGAGAAAUGUAUAUGAGUAAACGCUGCGCAAAUUUUGUUAUUGGUCCGCUCUGCCGUCCAAGAUUUAUUGACAAAGACAAACAGCUGGCACUGCGGGCAUUGUAUUUUGCGUAAAGGUGCAAUAAGCUGCGAUACAUCGAGAGCGUAUCCGAAGGUUAGGUUAGAAUAUAAUCUAAAAUAAAAUACGUUUCAGAAUCUAAAAUAAAAUACGUUUUCAUUAAACACCAUUGGCAAUAAAUAAUAAUAAAAAAAUUUAUUUCGUUAGAAACUUAGUUUGUAACAUGAAUUCUUUACCGUAAUUUAAACUUUAUCCCGGCAAUACGGCAAUGAAUGAGAUCCGCGCCUGCGCGCUACGAGCUUCAGUCAGCUCAUUUCUGACAAAAUGAAUUUUACUUAUUUUGCAGUUAACUAUAGCGGAGCCAAUAAAAAUUACUAUGGAGCAGUAUUAUAUGGAUGUAGAGCAGUUUGGAGCAGUUUGAAAUAUUGUUUAUUUAAAAAGAUAUGGCUGUAUCAAAAUUAAGAUAAUUUAUUUUUUUCCCAAAUCUUUAUUGAUUUUUCAUUAGAAAUAUAAGGUGGAGCAGUUUAAUCUGGCGAUGUUUUUGGAUAGAGCUAAUUAAAAUACAUCGGUCAGUAUUUUUAUUAUUACAAAAAAUAUACUUUUAUAGGCUGGGGUAGGGGGGGGGGUGGUUAGGUUCUUUGUGUGGGUUCGGAAUUGGGUCACGUGACUUCGUGGGGCACUGGUCACGUGGUGCGCGCGGGUUUUUCUCCCUCGUUUAAAUUUCGUCUUUGUGUGAUUGACAAUUAUUAGAUCGAUGAUAAAGUGCGUGUAUAUCGGUAGAAAAGUACAGAAUAAAUUCAAAGACAUUCGAGGAAACAGUGAAGAUUGUAAAGUUAUUAGUUUAUUUGUAACAACACUUUUUUGUUGCUUACGUUUUCGGUAAAGAGUAUUGUUAUGCUAAUAAAAAAACCUAUUUAUAGUUCUCAUUCGUACACGAAAGCACGUGAUCAAUUUAUGAUAAAAAUUUUUGAACUUUUCGAAAACGAGGUAAAGGCGAGGGUCAAGGUAUAAGUCGGAACCAGGAAAAAUUGAGCCAAUUGGCAUAUAGCACGUUUUACAGUGGUAUAAUUAUAAUAAUCGAACAAUCGAACACUUUUUCCUUGAAUCGUAAAAAAUGCAAACUAAAUACAUAGACUUAAGAAAAAUAAUUUUCCCAGUUUAGAAUACACGUACAACUGUUAAAUAAUUUACGAGUAUAAAUGGCAUAUUAUUUAUCGAACUUUAUAUGAAUCGUUGACAUUGCUGCGGUAUAUGAUUCACAUACAAUUUGAUGGAAAUAAAAUUAUAGCACAUAUUAGAUAAGUGAGCCUUUAAAAACGAAGAAAAAUGUCCGCAAUAUGUUUAAACGCCAAAGCAAGAGUAUAUUCAGAUUAUGCGUAAGUUAUACACUCUCAAACUGGUUUUUACAUUUCAUCGAUUAGCUAAUAAUUUUGACUUUCAAAACAGAGAUUAACUAGGUCAACCGAAAAAUAAUUCUAACAGCAUGCAGUUAUCGUGAUAAUUUAAAUUCAAAUUUUCGAGACAUAUCCAUAAAAUCACACGUAGUACAAAAUUCUUCGAAAACUCGAAUUCCUCGCAAAAAAAGAAACAUCUCGCACCCAAGCCAACGUAUAAACCAUCGCGGAAUCUCUCUUGAAAGCGAAAGCCCGAGUGCGGAGAAAAUCCGCGCUCAUUAAACACACGCACUCACACCAAUGCCAGCAGAGCGGUCCCUCGAUCGAGCGCCAGAAAAAAAGCAUCUCACGCAUCCAGCCUGCACCAGAGUACUUACAUAUACAAGUAUAUCUAUAUACACAGAAAAGUAUUCUCUCACCAUACUUAACCUCGUUGAUAUCGCAUCGAAAGUUUCGGCUAUACACACAUACGCAGAGCGCUUCUCUCUCCGGUGACUGGCGCUAGCGCGGAUAUGCAAUUUCUGCAGCGAGUUCUUCGCGGGAUCUCUCUCUCUCUCUCUCUCUCUCUCUUUCGCGUGUGUGUAUUGGCCCGAUUCACGAUCGCCGGAGAAAGAGUCCCGCAGAAGAGCGACAAAAGUGGGGGAGAAGACACCGCAGGAGCUGGUUCCACUUUCACCGCUGGAGUGAAACUUCCGCACUGCUGCUGCUGCUGCUGCUGCUGAAAGUUCGCGCGCCAGGCGUAAUUGCGCGCAGACUGUUUACACUUUCCCGCUUUAAUAAUCGGCGAACGCGAGACGAUUAUAUAUGUGCAGCGCAUGCAGCUAUGCGCAUCGACGCUUUGAUGAGCUUGUUAUUGUGUAUAUAUAGGUGACGGUGCGUUGUUUGCAAGUGGGGGAGAGGCUUUUCUUGAAUGGACGCCGAGCUGAUUGAGAGAUUAUAUUGCGAUGGUGAGAUGACUGGCGAGAAUGUUUAUAGCCGAGCAACAAAAUCGUAAACAAGAAUAAAAUGAAAAGUGAGAAGAAACGACGAGGCGCAGUUUAGCGAGUUAUAAUGAGAGCGAUGCAAAGAAUGCGCGGCUACGUCACGUAUAUAUACUAUAAUAAUACGUUAACGUAUGGAUAUAUAACGCUAAAAAUAGUUAGAAAAUUACGUCAUACGGAGAAAGCGCAUAUUAUAAUUAUUGUGUUAUGCCGAAGAACGAGCGUCUAUUUUAGAAAAACGAUAUGACGCAUACAGGGUACAUCGUCGCAAGUUUUAAAAAAAAGAAGAUCGAUCGAUCAUCGAGAAUAAAGCGUUACAGCACCGGCGUUACACAAUAUAUAUUCCCCCUCAAGUGCACAUUUCGCGCGGAAUCCUCAUUACCGGGGAAAGUCGAGAAAAAUGAGAGCGGCGGCGAGUUAACCAUACGCUUAUAACUUAAAAAUUCCAAUCGAAAGUAAAACACUCACCCCGAUAAACGUCGACACCGUCGACACGACGUAGCACUCGGACAGCUUCAAAAAUACUUUCUUGAAGCAAAUCACGACGUAGAUCAUUUCGAAUCGUCACACCGACGCACAACUUCAAAACUCGCUGCUGCACACUCGCAAGCUCUCUCGGCUAAGGUAUCCCCAUAUCGCGCGUUCGAUAAGCGAAGGCACCGCGGGGAAAAGCUGAGACGGGGCGAAAAAUCGGAUCAGAGUCGCUCUCCCUCACUUGAUACACGCGCCGGCGGCCGAAGAAAGUUGCACACACACACACACACACACACACACACGGGCACUCGUAAAGAAGGAGAAAAGAAAAAGAAACACGUACGGCGCAGCGAGUGAAAAGAUGCAGCGACGUCCGAGUCGGUCAUUCCGUCGCGUAUCCUCGCGCCAUUAGCAUCGAGUGCGCCGAACACCACUCGCAGCGCUUUCUUUUUGUAUUAUUUCUAUUAUUUCUUCAUCUGCUGCCGCGAUGGCGAUAUCCUACACGACGGUCGAGGGCUCGCUGGGCCAGAAGCUGGACAAGAUGUUCGGGGUGAAGUACAGCUUCCUCAGAGUUAAGCCUGGCAACUGUCUGCUGCCGCCGCAGUACGUCUUCAUCGGGCCGAGGAUCAGGGAUCUCGAGAUCAGGGAGAACGACGUCUGGCUCGUAUCCUAUCCUAGAACCGGCAGCCACUGGGUGCAAGAAAUGGCCUGGCUCAUCGGCAACGACCUGAACUUCGAGGAAGCCCGAAAGACGCAUUUUGUGCUGCGAAGUCCGCUGCUAGAAUCGUCGGCUCUGAUGGUCAACGGCUCGUUCGUCGAGUGGUUCGCCAAACUGGGCGAAUCCGUCGAGACGGUGGAGAAGUUGCCGAGCCCGAGGUACAUAAAAACUCAUUUGCCGCUCGAUUUACUCCCGAGGCAACUGCGCGAGAAGAAACCAAAGAUGAUCUACAUCGCGAGGAAUCCGAAGGACAUGUGCGUGAGCUUCUACCACUACUGCAGGUUGUUCCACGAUCUGAGCUGCUCGUUCGAGGAGUUUGCCGAGUUAAUGGUCGCGGAUAAUGCACCACCGGGACCGUUCUGGAGCCACGUUUUGCCAUUCUGGGAACGACGUCACCAAGAUAACAUUCUCUUCCUGACGUACGAAGAAAUGAAGAAAGACCAAGAAGGAGCCAUAAGAAAGACCGCGAAAUUCCUGAAAAAGAAGCUUACGGACGAGCAGGUAGCCCAGUUGAGCGACCACCUGUCCUUCCCAAAGAUGGCAGCCAACCCCUCGGUGAACUACGAGCAGGUACUCGCUCAGAAGAACGUCUGUCCCAGUGACCCGAACACGAAAUUCAUCCGGAAGGGUAAAGUCGGCGACUGGCGCCACUACAUGUCCGACGACUUGUCGCGCAAAUUCGACGAGUGGACGGAGCGGAAUCUCAAGGGGACAGGACUCAAAUUCGUCACGGACGAUUUCGAGGAUUGAUUUCAUUUGUUACCGACGUUUUGUUCGACAAUUUUUUUUUAUCAUGUAUUUUUUAAGGUAUGCCUCUUGAUCCUCUUCUUCUUCUUGGUCUCACAAUGUGAAUUUGUUUAAAUUUUGAAAUUAUAAAUUGUUUCAUAACGAUGCCAUGCACUCGUGUAUUAUAGCGGAGUCCAGUGAAUUCACGUCAUAAAGAAGUAGCGAUUAAUCGAUGAGGAAUAUCGAAAAGAAGCUUGUGCUGCUUUUCACAUGCAAAAGUGGCUCGUGAAUGACUAUAUUGUUACAUCGUCAUCUUUGCAUUCCUUUCUACACAUAUGUAUUUUUGUUCAUAACAUUGUAAAAUAAUUGUAUAAUAAUGAACUUUGUAAUAAUACUCUAUCCUCGAUGAACUUA